UCCUCUCCCCCCGCCCUCCUCCUCCUCCUCCGGCCGUCCGUGCGGCAACCAGCGAGGGGCCUGAGGAGAGCGGCCUCGCCUUCGGAGCUCUCUGCUCGCCCGCUCCCCUCCUCUCCGCCUGUCGCCGCGGCCCCCGGUCAUGAGGCCCGCCCGGCGCUGGCGUGCGGCCCUACGGUACGGCUGCCGCUGCUGAGCCUCCGCCUUCUCCUUCGUCGUCCGGGCGGGGAUCCCCCCCCUUCCUCACGGCCGCCGCCAUGUUGGGCCAGGAGCCACAGCGGGGCCGUUGCUGAGCCCCGACGAGCGAGCCGGCCGAGCCAAGGGAGCGAGAUCGACCCCCGGGACGAGGACGCCGCCGAGGACGAGCGGCCGCCGCUGGCACCAUGGCGGAGCAGACCUACUCCUGGGCUUAUUCCCUCGUGGAUUCCAGCCAAGUGUCUACGUUCCUAAUUUCCAUUCUCCUCAUAGUUUAUGGCAGCUUCAGGUCCCUUAAUAUGGACUUUGAGAAUCAGGACAAAGAAAAGGACAGCGGCAAUUCAGCUGGGCCCUUCAAUGGCAACAGCACAAAUAACAGUAUCCAGACUAUUGAUUCAACACAAGCGCUAUUCCUUCCAAUUGGUGCAUCUGUGUCUCUCCUAGUAAUGUUCUUCUUCUUUGAUUCAGUUCAGGUUGUCUUUACCAUAUGCACAGCAGUCCUUGCAACAAUAGCCUUUGCUUUCCUUCUGCUCCCAAUGUGCCAGUAUUUAACACGACCCUGUUCACCUCAAAACAAGAUUUCCUUUGGCUGCUGUGGACGUUUCACUGCUGCUGAGCUGCUCUCUUUCUCUCUUUCUGUCAUGCUUGUCCUUAUCUGGGUCUUAACUGGGCACUGGCUCCUUAUGGAUGCUCUGGCUAUGGGCCUGUGUGUUGCCAUGAUUGCCUUUGUCCGAUUGCCGAGCCUCAAGGUUUCCUGUCUGCUGCUCUCAGGACUAUUAAUUUAUGAUGUCUUUUGGGUCUUCUUCUCUGCCUAUAUCUUCAACAGCAACGUUAUGGUGAAAGUGGCCACACAACCUGCUGAUAACCCCCUAGACGUUUUAUCCCGGAAGCUGCACCUUGGACCAAAUGUAGGUCGAGAUGUCCCUCGCUUGUCACUGCCUGGCAAACUUGUCUUUCCAAGUUCCACAGGCAGCCACUUCUCCAUGCUGGGAAUUGGGGAUAUUGUGAUGCCUGGACUCCUGCUGUGCUUUGUGCUGCGCUAUGACAACUACAAGAAACAAGCCAACAGUGAUUCCUGUGGUGCACAAGGACCAGGCAACAUCUCUGGUCGCAUGCAAAAAGUUUCCUAUUUUCACUGCACACUCAUUGGAUACUUUGUAGGUCUUUUAACAGCAACAGUUGCUUCUCGCAUUCACCGGGCAGCCCAGCCUGCACUGCUGUACUUGGUACCCUUCACCUUAUUGCCACUCCUCACCAUGGCCUACUUAAAGGGUGAUCUGCGCCGCAUGUGGUCUGAACCAUUCCACUCCAAGUCUAGCAGUUCACGUUUCUUGGAGGUAUGAUGGAACGGAUAGAAAGUGACCAGAACUUCUGCCUUUGGUCCUUUUUUUGGCUUGCAGAUUGGUCAUCUCCUGAAGCUGAGCUGUUAUUUGGGAGAAUUACCCACUGGUGGAACUUGUACAAAUGGACAUGCUGUGUCAAAAGGAGACAAGAGCAAGGGGUCCGGAGGGGGCUCCCCCUGUCUGUGCGGAAAUGGGGACACUUCUUUGCAACUGCAGCCACCUUUGUCAUCUUCCUCUUUCUCUCCUAUUUUAUGGAUUUGCAGAUGACCCUCCUUGAGAGGAGGAAACAGACUUCACAGCAAAAAUGGUGCAGAAUCGCUAAGGACCUUGUGAACAUUAAAAAGCAAACGGUUGUAGUGUUUGUUGGAGAACCCCCCAAACUGCCUUGGGACCAGUUUUCUGUCUGACUUCAGUUUCAAAGAGAACUGAGACAGAAGUUUUUUCUGUCACUAUAACCUUUUUUUUUUUUUUGGUUUAUUAAAUAUUUUCUGUGGUGUGAGGUGACUUAUUAAAUCCACAGACAUUGAGUGACUUCUUGCAGUAAACAACGUAAAAGACUUUGUUGAAACAAGUUACAUUUCCACCCAGAUGUCAUAUUGCGGUGAACAAGGACACGACUUUUAUACCCACACACAUACACACAUGCAUACAUACCCUCUCACACGCAAACACACACAAUGUUGUAGACCUAUAUAUAUGAAUAAAUGCAAAGGAAAAACCUGCUAGGAUCAUGCUUUGUAGCAGACAGGGGCUUGCUGUAAUUUUUAGCAUGUAGAGCAGUUUACUAUGGCUUUCUUGUAUAUGAUCUGCAAAUAUGCUGCUGUCUCUCCCCUUUCCCUUCCAUGAGUGAACCUUCAGUUAAAAACCAGUGUAGUAUUUUGUACUGAAUGUACUCCUGGAAUUUAGGGGAUUAUUUGAUUUCAAUCAAUGUAGCAAACUUAGGGGAGGGAGAAAAAAAAGCUGAAGCCGUUUACCUCCUCUCCCCAUGCCUGCCCCCUUUUGUUUGUGGGUAUUUUUACAGCUUCUCCAUUACAGGUUUUUAGUAGCUCCCUUCUUGACCCAAUGCAUGUAUUAUAGCAGCUGUUGUCUUUGUGCGUUUGGAUCAUAGUAAUGUAUGACUUGUAAAUACAUUUUUUCUAUUUUCUAUUUUUUUGUAAUUUUUUUGCAUUUCAUUAGUGUGCUGUAUUUUUCCCCAUUCCCUGCCCCUUUUAAAAAAAGAGAGAGAGAGAAAAGAAAAA